AUGAAAUAAUAAUAAGGAGUUGUUGUUGUUUAACCCAAAUAUUAUGCCACAUUCAAUCAGACUCAACCACCAUCAUAUUGGGAUUAUGAAAAUGCAAAAAUUGAAUAUGGGUACAUUUCAAUUCUCAAAUUUAAGAUCAGAAGAACCAUAUGAAGCUAUUUGCAAAAUUGGAAGAGGCAAAUAUUCUGAAGUCUUUGAAGGUGUUGAUAAUCGAAAUGGAAUGAAAGUAGUUCUUAAAGUCCUUAAACCUGUAAAGAAAAGAAAAAUACGUAGAGAAGUUCGCAUCCUUUAAGUCUUAAAAGGUGGCACUAAUAUUAUUGAUCUUCUAGAUGUAGUCAGAGAUGAAAAUUAUAAAAUUCCAACUCUAGUAAAAUUAUCUACUUAACUUAGAUUUUCCCUUAUAUGGAGAAUACAGAUUUUAGAAGCAUGUUUCCUAAAUUAACUGAUAAUGACAUUAAGCAUUAUCUAUAUGAAUUGUUAAAAGUAAACUAAAACUUAAAAUAGGCUUUAGAUUAUGCUCAUUAAAGAGGUAUUUUUCAUAGAGAUGUAAAACCUUAAAAUAUUAUUGUUAAUCCAAAGACAAGAACAUUAAAAUUAAUAGACUGGGGAUUGGCAGAAUUUUAUCAUCCUUCUUAAGAUUACAAUGUUCGAGUAGCCUCAAGAUAUUUUAAAGGUCCAGAAUUAUUAGUAGAUUAUUUAUUUUAUGAUUACUCAUUGGAUAUUUGGAGUACUGGGGCAAUGUUUGCAUCUAUGGUAAAGAGAUAUAAAUUCAAUUUAGAUUUUCAAAAAAGAGCCGUUCUUUUAAGGGAAUGAUAAUUACGAUCAAUUAGUUAAGAUUGCAAAAGUAUUAGGAACAGAUGGGUUAAAAUAAUAUGUAAAAAAAUACAACAUAAAAUUGGAUAAUGCUUACAAUGGACUCUUACUUAAGUAUAAAUUGAUUAAUAUAUUUUUGUUAUCCAAAACAAGAUUGGUUAUCUUUUGUUCAUUAAGAAAAUGCUCACUUAUGUAGUUUGGAUGCUAUAGAUUUAUUAUCAAAAAUGUUACUUUAUGAUCAUGCAGAAAGAAUCACUCCAAAAGAUGCUAUGUUACAUCCAUAUUUUGCAG